CGCCGCCGAGCGCUCCUGCGCGAGGGCUGCCGGGAGCUGUAGUAGGGGGCGGGGAGAAGAUGGCGUCCAAGGUGAACGUGGUGCUGCGGCCCGUGAAGAGUAUCGUGGUCCGGUUCUGCCCCUUCGAGCCCAACGUGGAGAGCACCAGAAAAUUUCUCCAAUGUAUUUUCCAUAAAAAAGUCCAAGCUACUAAUACAAACUGUGAAGUGACUACUGAUGUGAGACAUGAUGGAUCUGAACCAGUUGUAGAUGUUAUGUUUGCUGAUGGAGAUCGGCUGAUAAUGAAGGGAGCCCACUUGACAACAGGGGAAAUGUUAACAGCACUGGCAUCCAGAUGUAAUGCAAAAGACCUUAAGGAAGAACAAAAAAGCAAAAAGAAGAAUCCCUGAAGAAUGAAAAAACAACUGUGUUUGCGUCUACGUGUAUUAGAAACAAGAGGCUGCACGGAAGACUUUUUCCUAUGCAACAAAAUCUGAGAGAUAGCCAAAAGACUUUGAAUGUUCCCUUGAAGGAGAACAUACUAGAUCAACAGAUCUUCUAAUAUUAGGGGGUCAGGAUGAUGUAAGAUGCAUGAAUGUAUCUUUUCUAAGCAGCUGCAUGUUGGACUAAUAACACAUGUAUCUGAAUAUCCAAUUUAGCUAUUAAAUUAAUACUGCAAUGAAACCAGAUCUCUUUGGACAUGAUUGCCUACAAAAUUUCUGUAAGUGUAAGGCAAAACAUUUUUAGAGUGGUUAUUGUUAUUUGAAAGCUAUUAAAUUUAUUAAAAAUUUGAAGAAAACUU